AUGAAUAUGAAAGACUUGCACGUAACCAUAUAUGUUCAAAACCAGUACCACUGCAUCACACAUAACAUUCGGCGUGCUGUAUUUGUGUUUAUAAAAAGCCUACAACCAGAUAAUGAAACAUUUAACAAUUCGCAGCGACCAGCGAGCAAUAUGUGUCGGCUGCUUUUGAUUCAAAGCGUUUUACUAGUAAAGUUUAUAGGGACUACUAUUUGUAGUCCUCUAGCAACUCAUGCAAUUUUGCCAAUCACCACAAUCGAGAAUGCUCACCAUCCCCAAUACGCCUUUAACUACGCAGUCUACGACCCUCAUACAAACGAUAAAAAAGCUCACUGGGAGACCAGAAACGGCCCCGAAGUCAAUGGCGCUUACUCACUCCAAGAGCCAGACGGAUCGAUCAGAAUUGUGGAGUAUAACGCUAACGACGUGAAGGGUUUCACCGCGGUUGUAAAGAAGAUAGGAAACAGCGUACAUCCGACAAAAAUAGUUCAAAAUGUUCCGCUAAUUCUCAAUCCAGUAGUGUCUCAUGUUACCGAAAAAACAGUUCAUCCACUGCCCAUACCCAUUCCAUUGCCUCCACCUCCACCAGCUCAUAUAGGAAUACCACAAAAAGUUCAUCUACAACCUCAUGUCGAGAUUCGUCAAGAGAUAGGCCAUAAUAUAGUCCCUUCAGCGUAUGGAUUAGGUGCAGCGGCAUUACCUAUUGGUGUUUCAAAUGUAGUUUUCGAAAGAGGGAGCCACCCUUGGGACCCUAUCACGGGGACCUAUGGUGGUUGGCGACCUUUUCAUGGCGCACCUAAGGACGUUCAGGCCACCCUAAUAGCACGUAAAUAUAUUAAUGGGCACCUCCACAAGGUUGUUACUGGACCCAUUUCAUUGUUCGGCAAAACGUUGUUAAUUAAGAAAUCACACCGAUAA